CGGUUGAAACUAAUUUUUUACUUAGAAAUAUAAUUAUAGUAUUUUAUACAGUGCAUUUUAUCUAUAAUAACAUUUUUAUUAAAUAGUGUGUUUUUAUUACGAAGGCGUUAUAUUAAAUAUAUUUUAAAUACUGAUUCUUUACAAUGAAUAGUUUUGGUGCGGUUCAAAGAGACCCUAGUGUCAUUGCCUGCAAUGGCGGUUUUAAAUCGGAUGACAAUUGCAAAAGAUUGAGCUUUGAAGAUUCAAAUAUAAAGGUAUUCCUACGGAUACGCCCCCAAGAAGGUAACGAUCUAAUAGACUUUUCAAUAGAUGAAUCAGUUUUCGAAAUUAAAAACUCAAAAAGUGGCGUUGGUAAAUCUUUCACAUUUUCCAACGUUUUUCCUGGAACCACAACACAACGUGAAGUCUACAAUACAUGUGUGGGCAGCUUGAUGACAGAUUUUUUGUCAGGCAAUAAUGCCACAAUUAUGGCUUAUGGUACAUCUGGAGCUGGUAAAACCCACUCUAUAUUAGGGACUAUAAAAUCACCAGGGUUAGUCCCCAGAAUUCUUUUUAAUAUCUUCAAACUAAUACCAAGCUCCGAACAUAAAAUUUAUAUGAAACCAAAUGACAAUAUGGAGGCUGAAAUUUUAAGCAAUAUUGCCAGAAAUGCCGACAUAAAAAAUUUGGAAACGAUUUUGAAAUCCUGUCAGCAAAAUAAAAGGCGUUCCAUUCUUGCUUAUGCAAGUAUGGAAGAUGCCAUGAACAACGAUGGAAAGCAGUCCAAUUAUAUUGUAGAACCAAAUUGUAGAUCUUACAUAUGGAUUUCCUUUGCUGAAAUUUAUAAUGAAAAUGUUUAUGAUCUACUAGAUACCAAAACUGUAAAGAAUGGUCAAACAAGGCCUAAGCUGAAGUUGCAGGAAAAUAAACAUGCCACGUACUAUGUUAAAGGCCUUACUAAAGUACUAGCCAGAAGUGGCGAAGAAGCUUACAAAAUUCUCAAAUACGGUCAAAGAAAUCUGCAAUAUGCGGCAACAAAAAUAAAUAUGUCAUCAAGUCGAUCACAUUGUGUGUUUACAAUAUAUUUGGUUAAAUCUGAUAAUACCACAGCCACUGUGAGCAGAUUUAACUUCUGUGAUUUAGCCGGUUCGGAAAGAGUAUCUAAUACAAAUCACACAGGAAUGAGGCUGAAGGAAUCUCAGGCUAUAAAUUCAGCUUUGCAUGUUCUGGGAAGAUGUAUAAAAAUUAUUAAAGAGAAUCAAAUGAAUGGAACUAAGCAAAUGGUGCCGUUUAGAGAAUCAAAACUGACCAGACUCUUUCACAAAGCACUGUUGGGUCAAGAACGUUUGUCACUGUUAGUAAAUGUUCAUCCAAAGCAAAUAUACUUUGAAGAAACUAUGAACUCAUUAAACUUUGCAUCAUUGGCCAAAGAAAUUGUUCUUGAUGCAGAACAAUGUACUAGAAUAAGCAGAAUUAAUGUGACUAAAUAUUUCAACUGUGUGCCAAGUAGCACCAUUCGAGAAGAAGUAACAGUUAUAGAAUCCGAUGAAUAUGAUAGUCAAGAUGAAAGUGAAGCAAGUUAUAGCAAAGAUGAACUUUAUGAAUUCAUAAAUGAAAGAGAUGCUAGAAUUCAGGAAUUAGAAAUUGAACAGAAUAAUUUAAAAAUGGAAUUAAUUGAUAUUGAGCAGCGCACACGUGCUGAAGUAUCUGAAAAGUUCAGAACGAUCAUCAACGACAUCACUAACCACUAUGAAAAAUUACUAAAAAAUGCAGAAAUGGAAUUAAAAACAUAUCAGUCAAUGGUUGGUGAUGUCUAUGAAGACAAUGAUGAGACGUUUAAAUCGGAACCUAAUUUGAGUUGUUCAUUAGGACAAAUCAAUGAAUCUCAAAUAAUAAAUAUAUCUGAUGAUUAUGAUGAAAAGGAGAACACAGCAAUUCCAACUGAGGAUUUGACCCGAAACAGUGCUAAUGAUACAAUAUAACUUUAUAU